AUGCGUACUAGUGAAUGGUCGAAAAGUCGGAGGCAAGCAAGAAGAGAGGACGUUCUUCGUCGAGUAGUUCCUCUAGCAGUUCAGGAUCAUCUUCUUCGGGAAGCAGCUCAUCAGGCUCCCGCUCUUCAAGCUCGUCCUCGUCAUCACGCUCACGUUCUCGCUCUCCACGUCGUCGUGAAAAUGGUCGGGUUCGCGGCGGGCGUUCUCGAUCUCCAAUCCGCCGUGGAUGAGUGGUAUAAUGUGAAAGCUGAUAGAAAAAUAAUGGCAUUGUUUCUGUUAUUCACGUGGCAAGUCUUCCGAUAA